AUGACGAGAGCCUCGGGAGGGCUGAGAUGGUCUCAUGCUCUUGCUGCUCUUUUGUGUCUGCGAACUAUCAAUGCAGUCACGGUAAAGACUGCUAGCUCAGCUAGCUCCAGUGCCACGCUGGGGAAGGUGGUGGAGCUCCUUGAAGACAUGCAAGAGGAGAUGUCCAAGGAAGAAGAAAAAGAUCAAGAGACACAUGACAAGCAGGCAUGUUGGUGCAACUCUAACAUUUUUGAGAAGACAUCUACGGUGGAGACGAAUCAACGCAGAAUUGCUGCUUUAACCAACGGCAUCAACAGGCUAUCUGCAAGCAGUGAAAGAUGGACAGCCGAGAAGGAACAGCUCAGCAAGGAGAUUGCUAGCGCUGAGGCUGCCAAAGCAGUUGCCACAACAGAGCAUGAAAAGGAACGUGACGGUUUCAAAACGGAGGAAACUAGAUUGCUCAGCCUUGUGGACGAAAUUGUGGAGGCCCACAAAAAGAUUGCUGACGCCUUAGCUUCCAGCUUAAUUUCGACGUUGCAGGAGAAGGUUGCGGCACAGAGCAAUAGCAGUUGGAAAAACUCACAGGCAUUUCUUCAGUCAGGCGUUGAAGCUGUGCUGGAUGGGCUGCAGACAGAUGUGGCCGCUAAUUUGGGCACCAUGCGGAGUAAGGAGACUCAGCGUGUUCAAUCCUUUCAAAGCAUGAUGAAAGACAAGAGCGCUGAAAUGAAGGCUAUGGAAGAACAGAAGCAGGACAAGAAAGAAGCAAUUGCUGAUGCCGCUCAAAAGAUUUCCGACAACAAGGAGGUGAUCGCCAAUGUAGAAGUCCAGGUUUCGGAAGAUUCAGAGCUUUUGGCAGAUGUAAAGUCCAAAUGCGAGAAGAUGAACAAGGAAUGGGACCAGCGUCAGCAGACCCGUGGUGAGGAGUCACCAUCCGUUGAGCAGCUGGGGUUUACCAAGUGUCGAGACAUUGGCCACUUCAAUACUGAGCUUUUGGCAAGAGGAGAGCUGAUGGGAGCUGAUGAGAGCUGCCUUAGCGGGAGGUGGAAUGAGUGGAAAUGGAGCACAGCUGGGACGCAUGAUUUGCGGCUCGUGACUCUUGCCAUGAAAGCAAGAAUCGACUCUUUCACUGAAGUGAAGAAGGCCAUUCAGAACAUGACCGCGUCACUGGAGAAGGAGCAGAAGGAUGAGGUCAAACAGCGCAACUAUUGCAUGGACCAGUUUGAAAGGAACGAGCUGGCCGCAGAGGAGAAGAACCUGACUAUGCAAAAACAAACUGCAGAUGGACAAGAGCUCGAGGCAGGUGCCGUUCUUUCAUGCUUUUUGAUACUUCCUCUGUGGCUGCGGGUGUCAAUUGACAUUUUAGUUGGUCUUGAAAGCAUUCUGGCAUGA